ACAAUGAGAGAUCCACUCAGUUGACUUAUUGCGUGUUAUUAGAGUUUAUUUAAAUUAAAAAGUAUUAAAUUGUAGUGGCAUUGUGUGAAUUCAAAAUGUUCAAGUUGAAAUGUUAUAUUAGUGUGAUGAUUUUUAGUUUUAUGGUCAGUAUUCCUGCAAUUUGCUUCGCUAAAUGCGAAAAUUACUAUAUAAUUAUGUUAAACUCUACUGAUGGCCACGCCGGAUCAUUGUACGAACCUAUUCAAAAAUCCAACAUAACCUGGAAUAUAACCAAACUCCAUAAGGGCAGAGAAACAAUUGAUUUUGAUAUGUCCUGUGUAUUAGAUCUUUACUGUCAGAAUGUAACUUUUACGAUGACUGAUGAUUCUGUAACCCUCGAAGAUGACAGUAGUACAGCACCUACUGUCAUCGACAUGAAAACAGAAUCAACACCUACAACUGACACAAAAAUAUCUACUACAGAAGAUACAGAACCGGCUGAAGAAACAACUACUACAGAAUCUACAAUAACACAUAAAGAAGAUAGCCCCACUCCAUCAGACGUUGAAACAGUUACUGCCAGUUCAACAAUACCAAUUAGUGAUGAGGAUACAGACGCUACAUCGAUCGCCACAAAAAAUGUUAAAAAAUCGUCAGAUCUUGAGACUACUGCAACUACUACAACUGAUACAAAAAUAUCUACUGGAGGGGAAAAUACAUCAUUGACUGAAGAAAUGCCUUAUACAGCAACUACAGUCACACAUAAAGGAGAUAGCCCCACUCCAUCAGACGUUGAAACAAUUACUGCCAAUUCAACAAUGACAACUGGUGACGAGGAUACAAAAGCUGCAUUAUUUGCCACAAAGAAUGUUAAUAGUACGUCAGAUCUUGAUACUACUGCAACUACUACAACUGACACAAAAAUAUCUACUAAAGGAGAAAAUGCAUCAUUGACUGAAGAAAUUCCUUAUACAGCAUCUACAGUCCCACAUAAAGGAGAUAGCCCCACUCCAUCAGACGUUGAAACAAUUACUGCCAAAUCAACAAUACCAAUUACUGAUGAGGAUACAAAAGCUGCAUUAUUCGUCACAAAGAGUGUUAAUAGUACAUCAGAUCUCGAGACCACUGCAACUACUACAACUGAUACAAAAAUAUCUACUGUAGGGGAAAAUGCAUCAUUGACUGAAGAAAUACCUGAUACAGUAUCUACAGCCACAUAUAAAGGAGAUAGCCCCACUCCAUCAGAAAUAGAAACAAUUACUGCCAAUUCAACAAUACCAAUUACUGAUGAGGAUACAGAAGCUACAUCGAUCGCCACAAAAAAUGUUAAAAGCUCGUCAGAUCUUGAUACUACUGCAACUACUACAAUUGACACAAAAAUAUCUACUAUAGGGGAAAAUACAUCAUUGACUGAAGAAAUACCUGAUACAGUAUCUACAGCCACAUAUAAAGGAGAUAGCCCCACUCCAUCAGAAAUAGAAACAAUUACUACUGCCAUAUCAACAAUGCCAACUGGUGAUGAGGAUACAAAAGCUGCAUUAAUCGCCACAAAGAAUGUUAAUAGUACAUCAGAUCUUGAGACUACUGCAACUACUACAACUGAUACAAAAAUAUAUGCUAUAGGGGAAAAUACAUCAUUGACUGAAGAAAUAUCUGAUACAGCAUCUACAGCCACACAUAAAGGAGAUAGCCCCACUCCAUCAGACGUUGAAACAAUUACUGCCAAAUCAACAAUACCAAUUACUGAUGAGGAUACAGAAGCUACAUCGAUCGCCACAAAAAAUGUUAAAAGCACGUCAGAUCUUGAUACUACUGCAACUACUACAACUGAUACAAAAAUAUCUACUAAAGGAGAAAAUGCAUCAUUGACUGAAGAAAUACCUGAAACAGCAUCUACAGCCACAUAUAAAGGAGAUAGCUCCACUCCAUCAGAAGUAGAAACAAUUACUGCCAAUUCAACAAUGCCAACUGGUGAUGAGGAUACAGAAGCUACAUCGAUCGCCACAAAAAAUGUUAAAAGCUCGUCAGAUCUUGAUACUACUGCAACUACUACAACUGACACAAAAAUAUCUACUAUAGGGGAAAAUACAUCAUUGACUGAAGAAAUACCUGAUACAGCAUCUUCAGCCACAUAUAAAGGAGAUAGCUCCACUCCAUCAGAAGUAGAAACAAUUACUGCCAAUUCAACAAUGCCAACUGGUGAUGAGGAUACAAAAGAUGCAUUAAUCGCCACAAAGAAUGUUAAUAGUACAUCAGAUCUUGAGACUACCGCAACUACUACAACUGACACAAAAAUAUCUACUGUAGGGGAAAAUACAUCAUUGACAAAAAUAUCUACUACAGAAGAUACAGAACCGACUGAAGACACAACUACUACAGAAUCUAUAAUAACACAUAAAGAAGAUAGCCCCACUCCGUCAGACGUUGAAUCAAUUACUGCCAAAUCAACAAUACCAAUUAGUGAUGAGGAUACAGAAGCUACAUCGAUCGCCGCAAAGAAUGAUAUUGAUGUAUCAUAUCUUGAGACCAUUACCACUGAAGAUGUUUAUUCAACUGAUCCCAACAUUAUAAAGAAAGAGAAUGCAGAAUUGUUUGGUGAGCUAGAUGAUGUAGCAACAACUACAGAAACAAUAAGUGACCUUCACAAAUAUGAUCCUGAAAAGAGUAAGGCGGUAGCUAACAAGGUGAUGGCCGGCGUUGUGGGAGCUUUGGCGGCAGUGGGUGUGUGCAUUUUAGUCAAAUUCGCGGCGAAUAAAGUGGUGGAGUAUUGCGCGCACUCUGGAGUAUACCGUUUACCAGAUCCCUGAGCGUUUGAUGGAAAAUGGAAGACCAAGUUCGUGUCCCACCUGGGACAGUUAUUUCUCAAGUGAUAUAUCCCUACCGAGGAAAACAUAUUUAAUAUUUUAAUAGUCAUUUAGAACAAUAAGUUUGAUAACAAAAAUAUUGAGCCAUCAUUGUCAUAAAACAUCUGUGUUACUUUGUAAAUAAUAGACUAUUUAUAAUUAUGACUUAAUUCCAAGGGCUUUUUCCUUAUAAUGUAUAUAGGUAUUAAUAUUAUAUUAUAAUUGUUUUAUGUACGCACUUCAAUGGAAGUAGCAAGUAUUUGAGGAAAACUAUUAUUUUCAAUUGUCUGUCAUUAAGUUAUGCUUAUUUAUUUACUAUCAGUCUCUAAUCGAAUGCCAGUCUCGUAAUUUAAUAGUUUACAUAGAUUCGUAUUGUGUAAAUAAACUUGAUGUUCGCAAA